AUGGACCUUAGUGCUAUACAGAGAAACGACAAAAAGAACGACAGUUGGAAGAAAGAUAGACAGUGCUAUAACUGCCAGAAGAUUGGACGCCUAGCAUACGAAUGCAGGUCACCUAAGAAGGAACGCUUCCAACCGGUACCAGAGAAACGACAAGCGAGUAUCGCCACGAAGACGAUCCCUCAUGAACAACUCAACUGGACUACCUGCUUCGAUGACAACUGCUAUAUCUACUCUAGCAGUAAGGAACACGCAGGAUGGUACCCCCAGAAACCUCAAGAACGAUCUGGUUACGACACCACCAACGCACCUAAACGGACCCUCGCUGUAGGAUAUAGAAGCAACAGCAAAAUCGAGCGCAAGACAAUCGAACAGCUCGACAGUAUGAACGACAACGAGGAAUUAGAACAAGACAAUCAGCGAAGACUGAACCUCCUCUACGCAGGACGACAAGCCAACCUGCAGCGGAUUCAACAGGACUCACAAAACCCUAUGUGGCAACGACAACUCGGUGCGCUGGACGCACACAUCGAACGACGACAACAUGCACAAGGAGAUCCCGCACGGAUCCGCCAAAUCAACCAAGAACUAGAAGAACAGGUCGAAUCAGAAACGACCAAGAACACCCCCAACGACUCGGAAACACCUCGCGAUGUUGCCUGCCAACAUGCCCAACUGGAAGUCGCCUUUGAAGUCGCUUCAGUCAACGACACCAGCUCUGGAGAGGACUCUGACGAAGAAAUACAGUGGUAUCACUGCUACCAAGACCAGCGCCGAGUCCACUAUAUCAAGAAAGACGAAGCAUGGAAGAAACAGCAAGAAAACGACGAACAAGGAACGGACGAGCAGUCAAAAAACUAG